UAUGAAGUGAAAAUUCAACUGCAUGCUAUUAACUUCCUCACUGAUGUUUUCAAGGCACCGUUCCUCAAAAUCUGGCUAUCAGAUGUUGCAAGUAAUGAGGUUUGCAGUUGAGGAGAUUAAUAACUCCACCACUCUUCUGCCCAAUGUUUCUUUGGGCUAUGACAUUUUUGACCAUUGUUCUAAUACAAAGAAUUUCCCUUCAGUUUUACGUUUUAUUUCAAAGAAUGGGUCAAUAAAACCUAAAGAAAAACUGAACAACUAUCAGCCUAAAGUGAUUGCUUUAACAGGGCCAUAUGGAAGCACACAAACUAUUACUAUUGCACCACUAUUCACAAUGGACCUUAUACCUAUGGUGAAUUAUGGAGCUUCUAGCUAUGCAUUAAGCAACAAACUUAAGUAUCCUGCUUUUGUAAGAACAAUCCCUAGCAACAAAAACCUGAUAGAAAUGAUUAUUCAAAUCAUUCAAUGGUUUGGAUGGAACUGGGUUGCCUUUCUUGGUAGCCAAGAUGAUUACAGUUCAGAUGGACUAAAGCUGUUUAACACGUAUAUAAGUAAUACUGGCAUUUGUUUGGCCUAUCAAGAGAGUAUAAGUCUAAAUGCAAACUACAGUCUAACACUUCAAAAGAUUGAUAUGCUCGAAAUCAAUGUCAUUGUUGUUUUUGCUCUGCCACAAUAUGCAAGCAAAAUUAUCAAAGCAGCCAUAGCAAACAACAUCCAAGACAAAGUAUGGAUUGCAAGUCAAGCAUGGGCUAUGAAUCAACAGCUUCCCAGAGAGCCAGGAAUUGGGAAAAUUGGCACAAUCAUUGGUAUUACGGAGAGAUUGUUGACAUUGCCUGGAUUUAAUGAAUUUGUCUAUAAAGACAGGAGAUCAACUGAUGUCACCCAUAAUGAAGAGAGUGACAUCCAGAGUAAGAGUAAGUCAUGUAAUCAAGUUUGUGAUUACUGCACAUUGUGGACCGCAGAGGAGAUUAUAAAUGAAAAUCCCACAUUCUCCUUUGCCAUCUAUGCUGCCAUAUACACCAUAGCUCAUGCAUUACAUAAGGUUCUGCAGUGCGACACGAAUGGAUGCCGCAAAAACACAGUGGUAAAGCCAUACAUGGUAAGAUAA